GCCGCAUCUGCACCUUUGCGAGACGUGGAUAGCGAACAAGAAUACAUCUGAACAAAGACGUCACUUUUUUUACUUUCUGUGACAUCGUGUUGCUUCCUAAGAUAUCAUCAUGCUUACACGGCACUACAUCCAUAAUUUGCCGCAUCGGUCAGCUGGGAUACGUUUUUUGGCACCUAGGCUUGGCAGGCGUGUGAGCUGCGCUCGCUCACUUGUGGAGCCACGUCCAUCUAUUGACCCACUUGCGAACAAGCCGCGUGCUGUAAAAGCGGCUCCAGGCAGUGUGUACACGGUUUACACACCGGAGGAGGUGGAUGCCCUGCUGAACGAGCACAAGGACCGAUUGGUCGUUAUAAUGUGCAAGGCCUCGCACUGCAAGCCUUGCAAGACAUUCAUGUCCACCUAUCAACGGAUGGCGGAACUGCUGCCGGACAGCUUGCUGUUGGACGUUACCGGGGAUAGCUCGGCGGAAACCAAGAAGCUCAUGGUGCAGUGGGGGGUUAAGUCCACCCCAACGUUCCGCAUGUACCGGGGCGGUGAGUGCGUGGCGGUGGUGACGGGAGCCAAGGAGGCCAAGGUGCUUCCCGCGUUGACGGACUGCCUGCGUGACGGCGAGCGUGGCAAGCAGUUGCAACCCGAGGACCUUGAGGAUGCUGGCUCGGAUGAUGAGAUGUGAGGCAAUUAAAG